AAUCCUUCUCUGCGUUCUCGUUCUGUUCUGCUUUCUCUCUUUUGGUUUUCCCCAGGGGAGGCUUUUCGACACCGUGCAUCAAUCGGCGUCGUAAGGCCAGAUUUUGCGUCUUUUCUUUACUGAUAUUCGAUUCAUUUCUCGGCAUCAAUGCAGUCGCGGUAGAUUCUAAUUUUCCCUCAUUCGACAAUUGUCCCCACCAUGGCCGAGAAUCAGCUUGCCCAGCCGAGCCUCUCAUGGCGCAUACGGUCCCAAUUUGUCAUGGGCAUGACGGGCGUGCUCUCGCGCUGGUUCAUCUACGGUCUUAAUCAGACGGAAAUUUAUGGUCUUGAACCCUUUUUGAAGAUUCUCGAUGAGCGCAAGGACAUUGCGCGCCGAGAAAGAGGGCUUAUUACUGUCUCGAAUCAUAUCAGCGUUCUUGAUGAUCCGUUAAUAUGGGGAUGCCUCCCCUACUCAUACAUGGUGCCUGAUAAUCUCCGGUGGGGUUUAGGAAGUCAUGACAUUUGUUUCAAGAACAAGGUACUCAAAUCAAUCUUCGAGCCGGGCCAAGUUCUUCCCACACACCGUCUGGCACAUUCUCCGUUCGGAGGGCUGUUCCAGCCCACAAUGACACAGGCCAUUCGCCUUCUCUCGCGUGGUCCAUUUACCUCCCCCGAACCUCCUACGUCACUUCCGUCGCCAUCCCCUACCCCUGUCUCUUCUCUAUCAGCGGACCGAGAAAAGCAUCUUGCUUUCAACGAUCCCUUUUCGUCGAACCAAUUUACCUUUAGUACAAAUGGCGAAGACAGCUUCCACGCUCCUUCUGCCUAUGCUAAUCGGCGUCACGGUUGGAUUCACAUCUUCCCAGAAGGCAAGGUGCACCAGCGAACCGACAAGACGAUGCGCUAUUUCAAGUGGGGUGUUGCGAGACUGAUACUCGAGAGUGACCCUUGCCCCGACGUGGUCCCAAUGUGGGUGGAAGGCUUUGACUCAAUUAUGCACGAGUCACGAGAAUUCCCACGUUUCAUUCCCCGUACAGGAAAGCCUGUCCGGAUCGCAUUUGGUGAAAAGGUCGAUAUGGAGGAAAAGUUUGGCGAUCUUAAAGAGCGUUGGCGACAGCUGCGGGAAAAGGAGACCGAAAAUGCCGGUAAUGGGCAGCUCCUCCCUAUGGGUGUCUUGUCGGAUGAGCUCAAGUAUGGAGAGGAAGCGGUAGCGCUGCGUCGUGAGUGCACCAGUCGGGUCAGAGCGGAGGUUCUUCGUGUGCGACAGCAACGUGGGUUGCCAGACGAAGAUCCCAAGUCCGGACUGGUAGAGACCUGGCGAGCCGAAGGACCGAAACUGGAGGGCCAUAUGGAAGAUGACAGCUGGAUCCGCGAUGUAUGAGUCGGCAAUACAUAGCGGCGUUUUAGCAUUGAAUAGUAGCAUGGCGAAAACGGGUUCUUCUUAUACAUCACUUGUAAUACAAUAAAAGCGAGGAAUCUCGGAUACCAGGCCCAACCGGGAAAAAAAAAGAGUUGGCCGAGCUGGAAAACAUUUACUUUAUAUUGUUGUAAUAUAUAGACAGCGA